AUGGGACAUAAGGAGCAUGGAGGGACUUGGCACAUGGAAGCAGCUCAACUGGAUACGCAAAGGAAGAAGGGAGAAGCCAUCUUGAAGACCAGCUCGACCGUCCACUCGACCAACCGGUCGAGUUCCUCAACUCGACCGGCCAAGCUUCAACUCGAUCGAGCUGGAAGUCAAAGUGUCGACGUGAUCAAGAGGAUGCUCAGUGGGAAACCAUGGAAUUGGUUUUGCUUCACCAAGGCAAUGAUCUGUGGUUUGAUCUCAAAAUCGUUCCUUGGAGGUAGAGGCGGUCGGAUUGGAUUCCGAUCCAUAAAGAAAGCAUCGGACGAAUCAAAGUCUCCCAUAGUUUGGUGCCUUGGAUGCUGCGCGUUUGGCACUCUCCUUGGAGGUGCGUGA